CUUCAGGACACAUUGCUUCAUUGCUUUUCUUUCAAUCCCUUUGCCAACCAUAAAUACUGCUUCCUCUCCUUCUGAGGGGUGAACCACUUAAUUCAUACUGUGAGUCUUGUUGGCCAUAUAUAUAACAAAACAAAACAAUACAAAAAAGAGCAAAUAAAUCGCAUAGGAAGAUACUUGUUUUGAAUUCCUCACGAUGUGGCAGCCAAGUUCUGCUCUACUUCUAGUCGCAUCACUUCUUACGGCUCUUCCAGCCAAUGCUGAUGGGUUAUACACGAAGAAAUCUCCUGUGCUGCAGGUGGAUCAGAAAUCCUAUGAUCGGCUCAUUGCCAAAUCUAAUCACGCAUCGGUCGUAGAAUUCUAUGCUCCUUGGUGUGGUCACUGCCAGAACCUGAAACCGGCCUACGAGAAAGCAGCCAAGAACCUAGACGGGUUGGCCAACGUUGCGGCCGUCAACUGUGACGAUGAUGCAAACAAACCCUUAUGUGGCCGGCUGGGUAUCCAGGGUUUCCCGACCAUUAAGAUCAUGACGCCUUCCCAAAAGCCUGGAGUACCGAAGGUGGAAGAUUAUCGGGGCGAGAGGACUGCCAAAGCUAUAGUCGAGGCAGUGGUGGAUCGGAUCCCGAACCAUGUUAAGAGAGUUACAGACAAGGAUCUAAACAAGUGGCUCUCUGAGGAUGAAGAAGUCCCAAAGGCUAUCCUUUUCACUGAGAAGGGCACCACAAGCGCUCUUAUUCGAGCGCUUGCUAUUGACUUCCUUGGGUCAAUCAAGGUAGCCCAGAUUCGCAGCAAAGAGUCCGACGCUGUAGAGAAAUUCGGAAUUGAGCAUUUCCCCACACUCGUUCUUCUCCCUGGAGGCGGCAGGGAGCAUAUUGUAUACGACGGCGAACUCAAGAAGAAGCCAAUGGUUGAGUUCCUCAGCCAAGUCGCGGCUCCCAACGCUGCGGCCGCAAAUUUUAAGGAUAAGUCUCCAAAGCCGUCCAAGUCAUCGUCCGCGGAGCCUCAGUCUUCAACUGUCCUAAGUGAUGAAGCAGAGGAACUAAAGCCGACCGAAUCUCCUGACCCCAAAGUUGUCCCGGAUGACGCAACGGAAUCGAAACCCGCGCAAGUCCCAAUCCUAGCACCCCCUAUUUCUUCCCUCCCAACCGUGGAAGCUCUAGAGUCUGCCUGCUUGACACCCAAGUCUGGCACGUGUAUUUUGGCUCUUCUUCCAGGGUCCAGUGAGUUUGACGCUGACCUCCCAAGCUUCGCCAAGGAGGCCCUUGUCAGCUUAUCCGAAAUCGAACACAAGCACGCUUUGCGCAAGGGCCAUCUCUUCCCUUUUUACAGUGUUCCAGCUAUCAAUAACGGGGCUACAACCCUGCGCACUGGUCUGGGUCUGUCUGGAGAAAGCGAUUCGAUGGAAAUAAUCGCCUUGAACGGACGCAGGGGCUGGUGGAGGAGGUAUGAACCAUCGGAAAACGCGGACUACAGCUUGGCCCGCGUUGAGUCGUGGGUUGACGCUAUUCGCUUGGGUGAAGGGUCCAAGAACAAGUUGCCUGAUGGAAUCAUCGCCACAGAGGAACAGACUGAGAAACAGACCGCCGAUCACGAUGAGUUGUAAGUGGAAAACUAUCAGCACCUGGGUUUGAGCUGUAGCUAUAGCUGGUGGGCGUCUGUCUCAACAUCCCUCCCUUAGCAGAGGUCCAACCGUUUCAAGUAGCAAGGAGCAGAGGCGUUACGGUUAGUCAAUGGAUAGGGUGUAGCAUUUCAGGUUGAAUAGUAAAUGAAAUAAGCUUUUCUUGUUC